ACAGCGAGACAGCGCGGUCUCUCCCGAAAGCAACUCAGUUUGAAAACUCUCGGAGCGCGAUACCCGCGCCCUGACCCCGCAGGUCUCCGCCUGGCUGGGGCUUACGGUGGGCUGACGGAGGCUCCAGGGACCCUUGGAGCAGAGUGGGGAGCGCGCCCGACCACCAUGCCGCGUUCGUUCCUGGUUAAGAGCAAAAAGGCUCACAGUUACCACCAGCCGCGCUCCCCGGGACCCGACUAUUCCCUCCGCCUGGAGAAUGUACUGGCGCCAGGCGGAGCAGACAGCACCUCGAGCACAGGCGGGGCGAAGGCGGAGCCCCGGGGCCGUUUGUCCCCCGAGUCUCAGCUGACCGAAGCCCCCGACAGAGCCUCCACGUCCCCCGGCAGCUGUGAAGGCAGCGUCUGCGAUCGGAGCUCGGAGUUUGAGGACUUCUGGAGGCCUCCGUCGCCUUCUGUGUCUCCAGCCUCGGAGAAGUCGGUGUGCCCCUCGCUGGACGAAGUUCAGCCCUUCCCCCUGCCCUUCAAGCCGUACUCGUGGAGCGGUCUGGCGGGUUCCGACCUGCGGCACCUGGUGCAGAGCUACAGGCCGUGCGCGGCCCUGGAGCGCGGCGCCGGCCUGGGCCUCUUCUGCGAGCGCGCCCCGGAGCCAGGCCACCCCGCGGCGCUGUACGGCCGGGACCGGGCUGCUGGAGGCGCGGGGGCCGGGGCACCCGGGGGAGGCAGCGCAGGAGGCGGAGCUGCCGGCGGCGCGGGCCUGGGGCUCUACCGCGACUUUGGGCCCGCGGCGGCAGGACUGUACGAGAGGCCGGCGACCGGCGGACUGUACCCGGAGAGCGGCCACGGGCUGCACGGCGACAAGGGCACCGGCGUCAAGGUGGAGUCGGAGCUGCUGUGCACCCGCCUGCUAAUGGGCGGCGGCGCCUACAAGUGCAUCAAGUGCAGCAAGGUGUUCUCCACACCGCACGGGCUCGAGGUGCACGUGCGCAGGUCCCACAGCGGCACGAGACCCUUUGCGUGCGAGAUAUGCGGCAAGACCUUCGGGCACGCGGUGAGCCUGGAGCAGCACAAAGCCGUGCACUCGCAGGAACGGAGCUUUGACUGUAAGAUCUGUGGCAAGAGCUUCAAGAGGUCAUCUACACUGUCCACACACCUGCUCAUCCACUCAGACACCCGGCCCUACCCCUGUCAGUACUGUGGCAAGAGGUUCCACCAGAAAUCAGACAUGAAGAAACACACCUUCAUCCACACCGGUGAGAAGCCCCACAAGUGCCAGGUGUGUGGCAAGGCAUUCAGCCAGAGCUCCAACCUCAUCACCCACAGCCGCAAGCACACAGGCUUCAAGCCCUUCGGCUGCGACCUGUGUGGAAAGGGCUUCCAGAGGAAGGUGGACCUCAGGCGGCACCGGGAGACACAGCAUGGGCUCAAGUGAGCGCCUCGGCUGGCUGCAGGCGCAGUUACGCAGGCAACACUACGGAGGGCAGCCUCCCCACUUGCCACCAGCCACUUCCGCAGAUCCCACCAGGGUGAUCCCCCUUCCCUUUUCUCCCUGGAGCCGCCAGAGGGGAUAAGUUACCUUUUGAAAUUUCAGCCUGGAGUGGGAACUAAAUGACUGCCUGGGUAUGGGACUCACCCAAUAGGCUCCUCUACAUCUGAAGACUCCAAGUGGAGAGGCAAUCAGAUAAAAUACCGGGCCUCACAGUCCUUCCUAUUCCCAGCCCUGUUACACAGAUAGGAAGGUCCUUCAGGUUUCCUCCCUCCUCCUCCUGACCUACCCCAGAUACUUGUAUGGAAUAGGAGGAAUCAUCAUUUACAAGGUAAACAUAUCAAUGUUUUUAUCUGGAAUGAAGAAUGAGUGUUAUUUUAUUGUUUUCCUUCUGGGGAGUUUUUUGACCCCUUUUUUGUUGGGUGCUGCCUAUAGAGGUUGGAGGAAUCGUUUCUUCCACUUGGAGACUGGUUCAAAAACUGAUUUGGGAAAGGAAUUUCAUACUUUUGAAAUUACAAGAUACACUGUGGAUCCUGCCCCAAGAAGGAGCAGAAGAAAAGUCGGCUUGGUGAGAAGAGAUUAGAUGUCCUCCCUCCAGGAGGCCUGUGAAGGCUUCUUCAGAAGAGGUGGAAGCACAGAGCAAUGCCUUUGGACAAGAUUGUCAUCCAUUUAUUCAGCAAAUGUCUAUUGACCACCAGUUACCAUGGUUUCAGGCCCUAUGCUAGGUACUGGGGAGCCAGAAAGUAAAGUCUCUGUCUGCCUCUGCUCCGCAGCUCCAAGUAGCUGGGUCUAUGCUCCCUCCCCCCACAAAGGAAUUCUGAGAAGGUAAAGCAGAAUCUUGAAACUUCCCUUCUGACUGUUUGGAUUUUAUCAAACGUAAAUGAAAAAUAGCUGAACAGAUACUUCAAAGAUUUUUGUGUAUAUUCCGUUUUUUUAUUGUUAAGCUGAUAUUUUU